GACAAAUCACCUCAUUUAUUUCAUUAUCAAUAAAGGUUUCAAGAGUUGAGUUGUGUUUUGAAGGUUUCCAUAAAAUAAGCCGAAAAAAUGAACUUAUACAUCGUGAUCCUUGUAUUGUUCUCAUCAUUACUUGUGCUACUAGUACAUGUUGAAUCAAAGCCAUCACCAUCGUCGAUUUAUCGUGGUCCAGUUUACAGUCGAUAUCUACCCCAGCGAAAGCACAGCAAUCCUGCUUUCGAAAAGAAAACAUUUCAAAAUCUCAAAUCUCAAUUUCACUCAAAUUAUCACCACCAUGAUGAGAAUCCGCCCCACGACAGUUGGGAAUUGGCACACAACAGCCAUGAAAUGGAGGACAAUGCAAAGGCGAAAGAAAUCGUCAAAUUCAUCAACCAAUUUUUGGAUGUAAUGGGUCCGUUUCUUUUUCCGCUGCCAUACGUCCUAGCCCUCAUACCUUUUGCAAUUCCUGCCAUUCCACUCUCCUUUUGGCUAGAAUCAAGGGAACAUCACUCCCCCUCCGAACCCGAACAUGGAGAACAGCCUACAACACCAAUGUCGCCAAGCUCUAGCUCGAGCAGCAGCAACACCACGCCAAAGCUAACAAUGACCACACGACCCAGUAGUACAACAUCAUCAUUUGUGAUGAACCCCACUUUUUCUACAAUUGUUGGGCCAUUUCCCACCACUUUUGCCAAUUUCCAGACAACAAGUUCCCCAACGGCAGGGCUGGGGGAAAACACAUUCACGAACAGCAGCAGUUUAACGACGGAUUUUCCGAUGAUGAAUGUGGGGGCACCUGCUACGAAUCCGGUCACCCUCUUCCCCUUUACCCUCUUCCUGAACUCUUCCUUCCUGGGGGAAGAUUACCUUAACGAGGGGGAAAAGUGAUGCAGCUGGACCGUACAGUAAUGCAAUGUCGUCGAAAAUUUUUAUGUUGCGAUAUUUCGAUAUUGUUGAAACUUGCUACCAUUUAUAUCGAAAUUUCGAGAUUACAUGCCCCAAAUUGCAUAAUAUUAUUUUACCAUAAUUGGUUUAUGACUGUUGUUUAUUCAUUUCUUAUAUUUUCAUGGAAUAAAUGCAUCCACGUUUGUCUAAUGCUAAGGAA